GGCUCGUUAGUGAAGUUGCUAAGCGGCUCCCCUGAAAUGAAUUGUCUGCUAUGAAGUCAGUUUGGAGCUCUGUUCCACUUACCUGUAUCGCGCUGCUCAAACUCUGCGAAACUUUUACAUUCUCUCCUGAGCCGCAGCUGGUUACGAUGCGCCUAUAUGAGCUCUGGUUCUUGUUUGCAGACAAGCCACUACGCUUUUCUCUGCGUGAGUUCGCAGACAUCACGGGGCUGAAAUGCGAGCCUGAAAGGGAAAAAGUUGGAAACGGGUCAGAAUCUAUCGAUGCCACACCUGGACGUAUGUGGAAAGAGUUGUUUGAAACUGAAGAUGAAGACGUGACUGUACCAGAUGUUCUUCGUAUGCUUGAACAGCCUAGUCUUCCUGAGUGGAAGCGGUUGCGACUAGCUCUCAUUGCGCUUGUAGAUGGGCUCCUGGUUUGUGGUCACAAACUUCUUCGUGUGACGCCUGCUUACGUCCAGAUGCUGGAAGACACCAGAUCAUUUCUUCAAUAUCCAUGGGGGAGAGAGGCAUUCGUCAGCACUCUGUCUAGGUUGACACCACCUCAGCCUUGUGAUCCUUCUAAAAUGGAUAAAUCCCUUUCGGUCAUGCGCCUUCGUUUGAAACAGCAGUCAACAGCGUGUUAUGGGUUCCCUCUGGCGCUGAAACUUUUUGCUUUUAAAGCUAUCCCCUCAUUGCUUGAGAAAAUUCCCGAACCUAAUAAAACCACUUCUUUCUUGCAAGAACCAGAAGGAUGCGACUUAACAAAUGCACUUCUGAAUUUUGAAGACAUACUUCUGGUGGAAACCCAAAGAGAGGUACAAUGCUGUUGUCUAUCUUAUUUGCAAAACAGAAGUUUAAACGCUCAAACUUUGUGUACUUAUGAAUGUUUGUGUUCUUUGUUUGAGGUUAUUGUUACGUAUUCAAUCCCAGAUGAAGGUGGGGAUCCAAAGUGGAAGAAAGAAGUAAGCGAUCCCCGAAUAGAUAGCUUAGUUCGUUGAAUGCGGGAAGGGCACAAGUUCAAAGCAACAGACUUUAGAGGAGGUGAUUCAUCCCUUCCACCUCUGAAGCCAGCCGAAAAGGCUGAAGGUGUUGCUGUCAAAAAAAAGUGUGAAAAGCCGUCUAGGCGGUUUGGGCAAGCCUGUGAUGAACCUGGAAGUUCGACUCAGGCGCCUGAGCGUCCUAUUCGACCUCGUCGUGGGAUAUGUAAACAGGCUGAACCAGGAAACUUAUCAGAUAAGGAGCAAGAGCUGAAAGAGUGGAUACGAGUUGAACUGAAAACCCAGUUGGGUAAAUUGCGGAACGAGAUUUUUGAGUGGUUGCAUCAUGAUAGGGGAGGCUCGUUCACGGUUCCGCAAAACACAGCAGCCGGUAAAACAAACAGAGACAACAGUCACGCUGACCCUACCGGCAUGGAAGUUCCAAAGAAACGACGUCCGUUCAGUGGUGAUGGUAAUGAUGAAGCUGAAAUAUUUGGGUCUGAUAGUAAGAAACAGAAGAAGAACAACGGCGAUGGGUUUAGCGACGAUGAGACGAUGAGAAUGCAUGAUAAUCAUUGUGAUGAUCGUACGCCAAAUGCUCGCUUCUGGGAAAAGGUAAUCAAACUGCUCCUACAAUUUUUAAUGAUAAACAAUGCCUGAAUCCCGGUCUAACUUUUUUGAGGAAAAUUCAACGUGUAGGUAGAUUCAAUGGCGGGCGAAGGCCCCUCUUCCUCGAAGUCGGCAAACAUUCCAGAAGUCGAUGUUUCAACGCCUAUUGUCCCGGAACCGUUGGAGGUAAAUAGAUUAUAACAAUGAAUUUAUAGGCUCUAGAUAUAUUAUGUUUGCUGUUCAGCUUGGUUUGGCCAGGUAUUCAGCGUAGAUUAUCAGUUGUUCGUUUUAGUUAGUGAGGUGUACAGGAAUACUGAUUUGUUUGGUCAGGUAUUCAGGUUAUUUAGUUAAGGUAUUCAGGUUAAUUUAUGAGGUGUACAUGAAUACUGAUUUGUUUGGUCUGGUAUUCUGGUUAAUAGUUCUGGUAUUCUGGUUAAUAGUUCUGGUAUUCAGGUUAAUUUAUGAGGUUUACAGGAAUACUGAUUUGUUUGGUCUGGUAUUCAGGUUAAUUUAAGAGGUCUUUUGCUUAAGUAGUCAGGUAUACAGAUCUGUUUGAUAGUUUUCAGGUGUUCACCUUAGUUAGUCAAGUGUUCAGCUAAUUUUUCCCGGUGUACAGAUUAUGUUGAUUUAGUGUUCGGAUUUUUUUAUCAGGAGUUCAGUUUAGUUUGUCAGGUAUACACCCAUUUGUUCUGAUUUGAAGUAUUUGAAUGAGCUAUAUCUGAACGUUGUCAGGGCGAGGGGGGAGAUGAGUCUCCAAUAUCAGGGCUAAAUUUGUUAGCAGAAGAGAUUGAAAAGGGGUCACGGAGUGACAAUGUCUAUAAAGAUCUACAGGAGAACACUUGUAGGAUGCUUACCGUUUGGUCUCAUCCUGAAUCUUAUGUCCUUCCGCCGGAGGAACAAGGUGGUAAAGCGUCACCGACAAAUUCUGAAGAUUACAAGACACUGCCAGAGGAUGAUCCGAUGACUGAAUCUCGCACACCAGACGUUGGGAAUUCGAAGCUGAGUCGAUAUCUGACUAGGUCAUUAAAAAAUGCAGAGCUAGAAGGGAAAUGUAUUCCAAUAAGCUCAACCAAAAAAAAUGACCUCCAGACGAAGCGUAUUCCGAUACGUUCAAGAAAGAUUGGAGGAGUGUACACCCCAGACAAGAGAUUGAAGAAGCUUUUCCAAAGCUGCAAGAAACUCAAAUAUACGCCCUUAGCAGAGUUGGAGAAAGCGCAGUUUCAAGAGUUUCAGUCAAUUCUCUGCGAGAAACCGACACAGUAAGUUGUUUGGAUAUACUGUAUAAAUUUCUUGGACUGUCAAAUAUUUAAUAUUGAGUUUUUGUUUGUUUUCAAAUUUCAGAGAAUUCGAAAUUGUUAUUGGGAUCCAUGUCUCAAAUAAGUUCUUCCUGUCGUUGGCGAGGCCAACAAAUUGGGUCAGUACCGAGGUAUUCAAAUCAUCAGAACUUAAUCCGUUUUAUUCAAGUUACAACACGGAUUUCCACCGAUUUAAUGUUCUAAUGGUUUGUACAUAUUUUUCAGCACAUUUCUGUGCUAAUUAGUAUGCUAGUAAGGCGACAUGGACGCAAUUACCUGAGUGGGAGGUGCAGAUUUGUAGACUACUUCAGUAUUGCGGGCAUCAUAUCAAAGUUUGCAGAGUUCGAGAAGGCCUCAGAUAAAUUGGGAUUCAACUGGGGAGGGCUUGUCAGUUACAGUUUCACCGGAAAAACGCCACGUCGGAAUGACAAGAAGGUGUUGUUGGUUGAUGUGGACAGGGUGUACGCCCCAAUGAUGUGGGGAAAAGAUCAUUGGGUUGGUCUUGUUAUCAACUUGACAUGCAGACAAGUGGAGAUUUUGGACUGCAACAUUCCCCAUAAUGAGUCCGAUAAUGAGGUGAACAAGCACAUGGCUUAUCUUCUACGCGCACUGCCUCAUGUCUUAGCUGCGUUUUCGCCUCCUUCCGAUAGUAGUCAUCCUGAAGAAGACCAAGCAUUUUCAUGGGUGCGUCCAGACAAUAUUUACUUCAACGAAAGGUCUGGCGACUGUGGACCAUGCGCGGUCAAAUUUCUAGAAAUGCAUGCAGCGGAAUACUCCUAUGAGGAUAUGGGGCAGAUCGAUGACAAAAUGGUGGACAUAUUCCGUCAGAAAUACGCGAUGGAUACCUAUGAAGAAUUUAUUGGAAACGCAAAAGUUCAAAACGAUGGUUGAAGACGUGUAUACUGCCUGCUUCAUUUUGUUUGUUAAACCGAAUUGUUAAACGGUUAUUGUAUCUUUUCAUUCAUCCAGACACUAUAAUUCAAACAGAUCAGUUUAUCUUUGAAGGUUUUACAUCGUCUUUCUUAUAUAUUUAGGGUUUAGGGUUUAGGGUUUAGGGUUUAGAGUUUUGGGUUUAGGGUUGCAUGUUUAGGGUUUAGGGUUAGUUAUUUGUUUCAAAGGAAAACAAUUUCAGAAGUAGUUGGUGUUUUUACUGUUUCAUUUAAUAAGUAUUAGUGUAAAAUUUAAAAAUUGAUUGCAAUAACUAUUUCUCUGAGUGUGUUAGGUACAAAAUGUGGGAGGGGACAAUAACUUUCCUAUUAACUCAUAAGACUCCUUUGUUUAUUUCUUUAUUCUAUAUAUACAUAUUCAAUGCGUCUGAUAAACAUCUCCAACAGAACCCAAUAGUAUGGCAUCUCUAAACAUCCCCCAUCUUCCAGAAGAAAUUUUGUGUAAAAUAAUAGAGAUGGUGGGAGUGGAUUCAUUCUACUAUCUUGGUGGUAUUUUGCGGGCUGGGAAACGCGGUUAUGCACUUGUCCACGAACCCUCCGUCUUAAGGAAGUGUAAUGUUCAGCCAAUGGUCACCUUUGCAACAUGUCAAAUCUGCACUGGUGGUCAGUUUCGGGAGUUUUUGAUCAAGUGCGUAACAGCUGGCAACACAAACGCUAUCUACUAUGAAGGGCUCUAUGCAGCACUGAUGGUAGGUCCUGAGAAAUAUAUUAGAAUAUUGCAACAAAAUGUCCCAAGUCAUGAUUUAUCAACUUUAGCCGUCGGCAUUUUCUACGUGUGUAUUGGCAAUGACAAGGAAGCCAGUAAACUGUUUCAGCAGUUCGCAGCUAAUCACUAUGACCUUCGCUCGGAUGCGAUAGUUGGACUGGGAGCUGAUCUAGAGUGGCGAUUGAUAUCAUUUGAAGCGCCAUACAUGAACAUAUAUGGUGCAUCUUUCAAAUUUCCGGAUGAUGAGGUUAUCAAGUCACCAAGCUGCCUUUAUGGCCAUGAUUACACAGUCGAUUUUGAAGGUUCUUGUAAAAACUGCAGGCUAUUUUGGAUAUGCUGCAACAUUUCUCACAUCCUCUAGGACUUUAUUUAUGUUAUCCUCGAUGUUAUCUGUUUUCUAUCGUAUAGCUUAAGUAUUCGUGGACCUUAAGUAUUCGUAUACCUUAAGUAUUCGUCAAUGUUAUCUGUUUUCUCUUGUAGACCUAAAGUAUUCGUCAAUGUUAUAUGUUUUCUCUCGUAUACCGUAAGUAUUCGUAAACCUUCAGUAUUCGUAUACCGUUUAAUCAAUCAAAAGUGAGUAAAGAUAAAUACUAAUGGAAUUAUGAAUAGAGAUGUCAAUUGGGCUGUCCAUUUCCAAUGGGUAUGUCCAAAUUGGGCAUUAUUUUUCUUAAGUCCAAAUUGACAUUAGCCCAUCUAAUUUGGACUUAAUAGGUUUCAGUCCAAUUGGACAACUUUAAAUUUUGGGCCGUCAGUAUUCGUAUACCGUAAGUAUUCGUAUACCGUCAGUAUUCGAAUACCGUCAGUAUUUGUACACGGAGUCUUAUCUUUUCAUGAUAACUGUAUGAGUAAAGAAACGAUAAACAGAUGUUGGAGUUUGUCUCCUAGCUUUGAUGGUAUACGUCAUUUUCGAAAAUAACAGCUAAUGUUAUACUCGACAACGGAAUUAGAACAAUGCUUAAUGUGAUAAAUGCAUUACAACAAAUAAUAAUUACUGCCAACUGUCGAAGGGCGAAAAAGUCGUGGCGCAAGGAAAGUCCCGGAGGAAAAGACCAACCUCUUUUAUCCAGAAGCAUCGGUUACACAUGUCUUCAGUCUUGGCAAACUCCAUAUGCCACAGAUCCCAAUCGAAAUUCAACGUAGGUGCACAGGGGCAAUUAUAAAACAAAGGUCGAUCUGUUGACAUGAACAUGAACUUCUUUGUUAAGAACCCCUCGUUAACGACCGGCACCCACGGAACAUCAUCCAUUCUAACAAGCCAUCCAAUUGUACCAACUGCUUCUCUCGUAAAACAAGCAAAGUAUUCCUCAUCAUCCCAGUAGAGUUUGCGUGUCAUUGCAUAGGUAUACAAUGCUCGUUCGUAUCCAGCAUCCGCUGCUCUCUUCAUCAAAGCAAGACCUUCUUCGUGGCGUUGUAGGGCGUAGAAAUACUCAACACCCUUGAUGUAAAGAGUACUUGGGUUUCCGACAUCGUAGCAUCUUCUCAACAACGUAUUACGCAAGCCUGUCCACCAAGGGUAUUUAUGCAGAUCAAACGAAGAAUAGACGUCAGGCGUGUCUGCCAGCGCACGCAUUGACUUACAAGUAGAUCUGAGUCUAUACAGAUCUUGAAAGGAAUUUUUUGCGACGCAGGAGACAAUCAAUUGUUGGAUUUCGGAAGGGAGAUCUAGAAAAGUCAUCUCUGCCAUUAUAGCCAGAUUGUGUUUUCAUUGUUGUGCUAAUGAUGUCCAAAAUUCAGUUAUUAUAGUGAGCGGACGGCGGCAAGCGAAGGGUUGUCUAUUUACGAUGGUCACGCCCGUUUAAGUCAUUAUACUGAGGAGACGCAUUGAACCUAUACCGAGAGAAACGAAAUAAUGGAUUUUUUAUUGACCCUUUAAACCAUGAUUUGACAGUGUUAGGUUUCAAAUGUAGGUGGGACAAUAAAUUCUCGUAUUAACCUCACACGUUUUCUCUACAAACCUGUCUUUUAAAUUUCUAUAAUCCCUCUCAUACCAACCAUAAAACAUACCACAAAAAAACUCCAACAAGUGACCCCAAUAGUAUGGAAGCUCACGUACUCCCAAAUCUUCCCUAGGAAAUUGUGUGCAAAAUCAUUGAGCUUGUCGGAGAGGAAUCAUUUUACAAUCUUGGCCCUUUUCUGCGGGCUGGAAAACGCGGUUACGCCCUCGCACACGAGCCCUCAGUCUUGAAGAAGUGCGAUGUUAGUGAAAUGGAGGAGGGGUUCGUCACAUGUCAAAUACGCUAAGGUUGUCAGUUCCGGGAGUUUCAUCUCAAAUGUGUCAGUGUUGGCAACAGAAAGGCAAUCUACUAUGAAGGUCUCCUUACAGCACCGAGCAUAGGACUUGAGGAGAGUAUUAAAAUAUUAGAACCAAAUGUCCCAAUGCAUGGAUUCUCAACCCUAGCUGUCGCCAUAUUCAAUGUUUGUCUUGGCAACGACAAGGAAGCGAGCAAAGUGUUUCAGCUGUUCGCAGCAUAUCACCAUGACCUUCGAUCGGAUGAUACUUGUGAAAUGGGAGAAUCCAUAGAGAACCAAUUGAAAGCCUUUGGAGCGGAAGACCUGAACUGCAACAAGUAUGGGGAAUCUUUCAAGUUCCCGGAUGAUGGCAUUAUCAAGACACCCAGGUGCGUGUAUGGCCAUGAUUACGCAGACAACUUAGAAGGUGAUUGCAAAAACUGCAGGCUAUUUUGGCUUUGCGUCAACAUUGCAAACAUCCUCUACGACUUUAUUUAUGUUAUCCUCGAUGUUAUCUGUUUUCUAUCGUAUAGCUUAAGUAUUCGUAUACCUUAAGUAUUCGUAUACCUUAAGUAUUCGUCAAUGUUAUCUGUUUUAUCUCGUAGACCUAAAGUAUUCGUCAAUGUUAUAUGUUCUAUCUCGUAGACCUAAAGUAUUCGUCAAUGUUAUAUGUUCUCUCUCGUAUACCUAAAGUAUUUGUCAAUGUUAUAUGCUCUCUCUCGUAUACCGUAAGUAUUCGUAUACCUUCAGUAUACCGUCAGUAUUCGUAUACCGUCAGUAUUCGAAUACCUUCAGUAUUCGUAGACCUUAAGUAUUCGUAUACCGUCAGUAUUCGUAUCCUAAUUUUACCAAUAUUAAACAUGCAUAAAAAGACAGCUUUAAUAAACAUAAAUCAUAUACUAUAUUAUAAAAUAUAAUGGGCUGUCCAUGUCCAAUGGGUAUGUCCAAAUUGUACGUAGUCCAAAUUGUCCAAACCCAAAAUAGAACCAUCACAUUUCACAAAUGGUUUUAGCCCAUCUAAUUUGGACGUAAUAGGUUUCAGUCCAAUUUCACAACUUUAAAUUUUGGGCCCAUCUAAAGCCCAUUAAUGGAAUUAUUCGUAGACCUUAAGUAUUCGUAUACCGUCAGUAUUCGAAUACUGAAGGUAUUCGAAUACCUUCAGUAUUCGUAGACCUUAAGUAUUCGAAUACCUUAAGUAUACCGUCCGUAUUAGUAUACCGUCGGUAUACGAAUACUGUCAGUAUUCGUAUACCUUCAGUAUUCGUAGACCUUAAGUAUUCGUAUCCUAAUUUUACCAAUAUUAAACAUGCAAUAAAAGACAGCAAUAAUAAACAGAAAUCAUAAACUAUAUUAUAAAAUAUAAUAAAGAGUUCGAAAAAAAAGAGUUCAAAAUAAUUACAAAAAAACACUAAAAUUCAAAAUAUUUAAUAAUAUUAAAAGAGGAGGAGGUUCCUAGUCGGAGUCGGAGGUGCUGGAGUCGGUGCCGGAGCUGUCUGGGUAGUUGUCCAUCCUGAACUGCCCAGAACCCAACGUGUCGUCGGUCCUGUCGGACGCGUCGUCAUCCACGUCCGUCUCCAUCUGCAUCCACUCCCAGUAUUCACCUUCUUCAUCGUCCUUAAACCCCAACGCUCCUUCGCCGUCAUAUCCGUAACCCUCAUCCUCCGGGUCACCUUUUUUCUCCGCCUUGCGAGCACGUUUGCUACUGCGGGGAUCGGGGCUUGUGCAGCGCCGUUUGCGAGGGGUGGAUGGAGGUGUUUCCUUUAACCCCUCCUCGACUUCCUCCGCCUCCUCGAACAGGGCCUCGACUGUGGCGAACUCAUCAGUUUCCAGACCGUCGCGGAUCUCUUCCUUCAAUCCGGCCUUGGCCAACUCGAUCAACUGCUGCUCGGUGCGUUCGCCGACUAUAGGCAAACUGUAAAAGAAUCGCUUGUAUUUUGCGACGGUCAUUUUGCCCUGGCUGAUAUCAUAAACCAUUUUUGGAAUGAAAGAGGUUUGCAGAGAAAGAGGUUUGCAGAGAAUAUGUUUAGAAAGAUGAAAAAAAUAUUAAAUGUCAACUGAGUAGUAUAUAUAUUACGAAAAUAAUUAAUUAUUUUUUUGGUAACAGACGCGGCGUUCCAUUACUACUCCUCGGUUUAAACCAUGCGAAUUAAAUCGUUGCGACUCCUCCGUAGAAUUAAAUCUCCGACUGAUUUGACCAUACGAAAUAAAGUAGGAAACUUUAUUGUCGCAGACAGAGUUCACUUAAAUUUAUUUUCGUGUUAAAACCAUAAGUGUACGCGUGUUCGUACACCAACAAAGAGAGAGAUGAGAAUACCUUAAGUUCAUACAUUAAUUAGUACAAAUAUGUAUAAAGAAGAUGUCUUCUCCGUGUCAGAAGGUAGCCCUAAUUUCAAACUACAGUAUGAAGCUUACGUAACCGAGGAGGUAUAAUGAUGACUUCGUACACCUUAACCGAGGGUGUAUAAUGAUGACUUUUGUACACAUUAUGAAACUAAAUUAAUUCAAAUGGAUUUGAUUUUUAAUUGGAUAUGGAUAGGCCCAUUAUGAGAUAAACAGUUAAAAUUUGAUAGAAGAGUACAAAUUAACCUUAACAUAAACAGUACAAAUUUGAUAGAAGAGUACGAAAAUUACAUAAUAGAUCCGAGAAAUGCUAAGAUCAGCGAUCCACCAUAAUUAAUUGCUUAAGCUCUUUGAUCUCCUCACGCAUUUGCGCAAGUUCAAAUUGCAGCUCACGGCGGAGCGACACCUCCUCAGCAUACUGACUUCUCAAGCAAUCCAGCUCUUCCUCGAGGGCAGUAAGGCAGUCAUGACGGAUGUGCAAACCAUCUUUCUACAAGAAAAUAUAUUAGAUUUGUUAGCUAAAAACAAUACCAUUUCCGUUAACAAUGGAGGCAAAUUUAAGUAUUGUGAACUCCAAUAUUACCUUAAAAUCUUUGCAUACGUAAUAGUUUUUUCCUCUGUCAUCAGCUUCCACGGUGAUAGCUCCACCGCAGAUACACUUCGUUGGAAUUUUGUAAUUGGCAUAGACACAAUUGCUCACCCAGUCAUACUCCCUUUUGUGAUGCUUCAUCUCUUUAUAGUAAGGAUCCGUCAUUUUGUGGUACUGGUGAGUGUGGUGAAGAGAGAUUGUUGAGUGUUGUGAAGAGAGAUUGUUGGGUGUUCUGAAUUAUACUUAAGUAGUGCAAGAUUGUAACGGCUAUAUUUUACUUCAAAAGCAUUUCUAACGGUAAUAUUGAGAGGGAUAUAUUCACCAUUUUUUAUUUCAAACGUGUUUAUUGGUUCAUAGAAUUUUAGUAGAAUCAUAAAAAAUGACACAUUACAAAAAACCACAUCAAGAGUUCAUUACUCAUCCGAUUUAUUACAUUACAAAAUAAAGAGUUACUUGAAUAUGAUCACCAACCCAAGUAAAACUAAUAUAAUAACCAUUCCACCAACAAAGUAUUCGAAGCCAUUGGUUAACCUUGUUCUCUUUUCAGCUAAUUCAGACACUACCUUCUCUAGCCUAACCAGCUUCUGCUCAGUCUCAUUCUGGAGUUCCUUCAACUUGUUAAGUUGUGGGUCAUAGUCAUUCAAAAAGGUUAGAUAAUCUACCUUUUCAGACAAUUGAAGUGUGUGCAUAUCCCUGGCUCUCAUCUCCUCCAUAACCGCAUCAUCCCACCAUUUAUGAACAUGACAGUCUCCAUCAUUAACAUUAUCACACGUGUAGUAUCUUCUACCUGGAUCAUUUACAGUGCGAGAUGUUGCUAGCUUAGGCCGACCACCACAGUAGCAUGUCUGCGGGAAUCCAAAUUUGACCUCGGGUUGCGGAGGGUACUGAACCGUCGAAGCAUAAUUGUAAUUUAGCUCAGCUUGGUCCCGACGAAUAAGAUCUUCAACUUCACGGUCUUCUGUGUCGCUGGAGUCAUGCCCACCAUAGUCCUCUGAUUCCGAAGGCUGGCUAUAGCUAUAAUCAAGUCCCAUCUUUAGUAUAAAAUUGAGAGUAAAGAGAGAAUCACAAAAAAUCUGAAAUAUAGACGACACAAGCACUCAUACUUAAAUAGAUUGAGAUUGUAACGGCUAUAUUAUUAUUGGAUUACAAUACAACGGCUACAUUGUAUUUAAAUGUCUUUCUAACGGCUAGAUUGGCUAAACAGAUAUCGUACACCUCAAGUUGUAAACAAGUUACAUCAAAUCAAAAGUCAUCAAAUCUUCAACUAUGUUUACCUCAAGUUGUAAACAAGUUGUAAACCAUAUUAAGGAAUGACAAUAAAACCAUACAUAUCUAAUAAAUUCAAGAAGAAGCUCUGCGUAAAACAUAUCGCAAAAUAGCAUUAUAGAUGUGUUGUAAACCAUAUUAAAUUUCCAAAAAACAAGAACUCUCUUGUCAACAA